AUGGGCUUUGGGGCCUCGCAACUUGGUGCUUGGACCGCACUCGUGCCUUGCUUGGCCAUGUAUUUCUCGACAUGGGAGACCUUCCACACCCACACCCUCUACCUCGGCUAUUUCAAUGGCCCGACUGAGGGCCUGAUCAUCGCCUGUGCAACCAUGAUUGCCUCCGGAAUCUGGGGCCCCGGAAUCUGGUCUCAACCCAUCGUUGGGUUCCUUAACUUCCCCCAAAUCUUCGGCAACAACUCCAUUAAGGACCUUUGGGUUUUAAUUCUCCUGGGUGGCUUGUUUCUCGGACAUCUCCCCGGAUGUGUCAUGAAUGUCGCUGAGGCCCGCAAGAAGCAGGGCCUGUCAUUUGCUCCGUUGCUCAAGGAGUGGGUGCCGAUGAUCGUUUUCACGUUCUCCAACGUUGCAUGGCUGUUCUCGCCUUAUUCAAGUAUCCUUUCCGGCAACCACCUCAUAUUGUUCUGCUGGGUCAUCGCAUUCGUCUUUGGACGCAUGACAACCAUGAUCAUAUUGGCGCAUCUCUUGAGACAGCCCUUCCCCCUCUGGACUAUUAUGCAGGCUCCCCUCAUGGGUGGCGCGGUACUAAUCAAUCUACCUAUGAUCGGCUUCCCGGCAAUUGCUCCGUGGCUGGAACUCUUCUAUCUCUGGGUGUACUUCUUCUUCGCCCUGGUUAUUUACAUGCACUGGGCGGUACUCGUCAUCAACCGCAUCACCACUUUCCUCGGCAUCAACUGCCUUACUAUCCGAAAGGAUAAGGCUGCCGAGAGAGACAGAGCCUAUCGCAACCUCGGUGAUUCGUCCCAAAUAACUCAGUCUCGCACAUCGACUGACGCAUCCAAGACACACUAA